UAAGACAUACUAGACAUACUGUACGUCUGACUUCAAACGCCAUCACCAUUACAGCUACCGGGUCAGGGGUCAGGGGUCAUAAGAGCCAUUUUGCCCCCUCCUAUGCUAAGCUACAAACGUAGCACAUUUUAAAUUGGCCUGGUGCCAAGGACAGAAUACAAGACCCAGUAGUGGAUUUUGUGGGUGGUCAGCUGGUCACUAAUAUCCUAAAAAGUACAUGCUGACUUUGUAGGAUAUUACAGUAACCAGUUGAGGUUAGUUGAGUUAAAAAGCUUUGUGAUUUGUUGGAUGUGUUCAUGUUUAGCUUCCUGGGCGAGGAAGUUGCCUGCAGGUGAAGGCCCAGGCCAUAGACGUGGAUGUGACACAUAUAUACACGUAUAUCAUUUAAAGGCCGAGGUAUGAAGUAAUACUACGGGUAGUAAGCCACAGCCCUGUACGAGUUACUCCCCAUCGGUGGAUGUUUACUCUUACUGCUCAUUUAAAAAGGAGCAGGGCCUGCAGUGAAGCCAUGACAACACUAAGAUAUUUCAUGACAUGUUCUUUCACCCUGAGCAGACCUGUUGCACUCCGAAACAGCAGGGGGCGAUCAUGCGGAAGUAGGCUGACGGUCACCCGCCAAAAAAGAGCAAACAAAGACCGGAAAAGGAGGGAAAACAGCACCGGAUUUUCGCGCUAAAAUGAAAUGACGAUUCAGUGUCGGUGGAUCGGCCUUGAGUUUGAUAGACGGGUCGUUGAUUGAAACACAGCCUUUGUGUGAUGCUAUGACCCGCAAGUCAAGCUAGUGAUAGCCGCUAAAGCCUUUCACUGCUAGUUGUAGUUUGCCUUGGAUCGUGUUCCCUAGAUAAGGAUAAGGAAUAAGGAAGCCAAGAAGCGAUAGCAAUGUCACGGGUGACAGCAGAAGACGUCAAGUUAGAACUUGACAUGUUCGGCAUAGCUUGUAACGACGACUCCGCUCUGGACAAAAUAGUGGAGCAGUGUAUUUGCAGCAGGAUCCCCGCGGAUGAGUGGGUCCUGGAGUGGGUUGCGUACAGCACCACGAAAAAUGGAGUCUUGCUCUCUGUGGACACCCUGGAUCAGUUUGAACACGAUGUGUUAAACAAGAGGAAUAAGUUGAAACAAAGCUUGAAAAGAGACGAGAGAAGCAGACUCAGAGAUGUUCACACGAUACAAGACAUAAUAAAAGCAGAAGAGGAGGAGGAUCAUCUCCUGGACUCCUACUCAACUCCUGCCAAGGCCUCCCAAAAGCGAGCGCUAACCACUCCAGAAAACCCUCAGUCAAAGAGGAGCUCAGCUUUGACCAGUCCAGGCGUCCUCUUGUCUCCUUCCUGCUUCUCUCCAAGUACCACGCCCUCCCACAAGUACAGCCGACGUGGAGGGAAGGGGGAGGUGGUGGUGUCGUUCGGGGCUGCGCAGGGCGCUCGCUGGACGGGCAGUAAGGCUGCGGGUGCGGACAUCCAGCUGGAUCUGCUGGAAGAUUCCCUCCGCUGCGGCUACAAGUACAUGUUCCAGAGACUGCGUGAUGUCAGGAACGUGUUGACAGAGAAGAUGGAGGAUCUGGGAGACGUCCUGCGGCGCCACUACAACAUUGAAGAGUUCUCUCCCGUGUCGCUGCCAGCACAGGACGCCGUGUGUGUUGUGGGCCAAGUGUGCUGUGACAGUAAUGGCAAAUUGAACGCCCAGUCGCUUCUGCUGGAGGCGGGGCCAGAGCAUGGUGCUCAGCAAGUACGCCUGGACUUGUCAGAGCUCCAGGAGUACUCCCUAUUUCCCGGCCAGGUGGUGGUGCUAGAGGGGAUGAACACAACAGGAGGCAAACUGGUGGUGUCCAAAGUCUACCAGGGACUCCCACUCCCCUUCUUCUCUUCAGAAGUGAAAGUGGAGAUGGAUGAAGGUAAGGAAGGAUGCUCCUUAGCCAAAAUUCCCCAAAAGAUGUUUUCAUCUCCUGAUGCAAUUCCAGAGCCGGUCAGUGUGCUUGUGGCCUGCGGGCCUUACACCCCCUCUGACAGCCUGAACUUUGACCCUCUGCUGGACCUCCUCCAUGUCAUAGCCAGGGACGGUCCUGAUGUCUGCAUCCUGCUGGGCCCUUUUGUCGACUCCAAACACGAUGACAUCGAGAAAUCCCAGGUGACGGAGACAUUUGACGCCAUCUUCUCCAGAUGCAUUGAGAGCAUCGUGGAAGGAACCAAAGGUGUAGGCUGUCGCCUCGUAUUUGUUCCCUCCCAGAGAGACGUCCACCAUCAUUACGUCUACCCACAACCUCCCUUCACGCUGCCGAGCCUCUGCAAGAACCCGCGUGUGACCCUGGCGCCGGACCCCUGCACCCUGCUCAUUGGUGGUGUGACCUUUGGCCUGACCUCCACUGACAUCCUGUUCCACAUGGGUGCCGAGGAGAUCAGCAGCGGCGGCGGAUCGGACCGCUUUUCUCGUAUCCUGAAGCACAUGUUGACUCAGAGGAGUUACUACCCACUCUACCCCCCUGUGGAGGAGGUGAAUAUGGACUAUGAAAGGUUCCAGAGCUUCGGUCAAAUGGCGCUCACACCCGACGUUCUCAUCGUUCCGUCGGAGCUGCGCUACUUUGUGAAGGAGGUGAUGGGCUGCGUAUGUGUUAAUCCAGGACGUCUGACCAAAGGCCACGUGGGCGGGACCUACAGCAGGCUGAUGAUUGGUCACACGGCCUCAUCAGACCAGGACAAGGAGCGAGUUAGUCCAUGCCUGGCGGCUCAGGUGGUGAAGGUUUAACCAGAACGAGGACAUAAAAGGCUUGUACUCAACCUGCUGGCCAACCAAUAUGACAUAUGCAGCAAUGACCCCCCCCCCCCCCACCCCCCUUCAUAGCCAAUACCUGGUGGUGUGGUCAUGGUGGUACACACUGAUGUUCUGAUGCUUUGUCACAGCAGCAAUAAAUCUUUCUAUGGGACUGACCUACACCAAUCUAACCAUCAAACACGAGGCCUGCAUCCUGCAGUCCAACCCACAGCCCACCCAUCCACCCACGCAGGGGGAGAACAUGCAAACUCCACAUGGAGAUUCCAACCCAGACCUUCCAGAUGUCUUGGCUGUGUGGCUAACAUGCUAAGCUAGAGAACACUGGUCAAUCUUCUCCAUGGUUUGAUAUGCUUUGGGCCCAGUCCAGGGUGGGCCACGGGUUCCCGACCUGAACAUGGUCCUGGUAUGAGGUAGAUCAGUCGUAGAACUGGUCAAAGUCCUCAGAGCCACUUUGCUGAUGUGUUGUCACUGGAGACGUGUCCACGUUGCAAGAUGCAACAUCUUGGUGUCCUGAAACGUGCCGUCGGGUUGUGGUACCUUCAGGUUCCUCUUCUGCGCUCCGGUCACUUUCUCUGUCAGCGCAAAGCCAGGUAGAGCAACUUAGUACAGAAGAUAGGAGGACCAUGCUGGUGUUCUGUUGGGUUGAGUUGGCUUACUGUCUUUUCUUUGAUGCGUGUUGAGGUGCAAGGAGAUGCUCUAUGUCCUCAUGGAAAAGCUCACUGGAGUCUUCAUCAGAUGUUGCUGCUCUUCUGCUUGCCUUCUCCUCAUGGGCUGCCUCUUCUGGGACCACGUGCUUGUCGAGUCUGAAAGCAAAUCCACCUUCUUCACGGCUGCCGCGCGCAGGGAGUCUUACUUGUGUCUUACUUGGUCUGCAGAGGUGAGAUGAUGAUGUCAUCCGAGUCGCUCUCCUCACAGCCCUCCUCUUCAUCCACAUCCUCUGCUGACGUCUCUUCACCCUCCUCUUCCUCUCUGCUCUCCUCCUUGCUUAGCUCUUCUACAUCUCUCUUGCUUCCGCCCAUGGACUCCAGAUCUCUGCUGCUUUCCCGUUCACACGUGACCUCACGGAGAGCAUCAUUCUUGCUCUUUGGUGGUCCAGCCUGGGACCCUCCCACGUUCCUCCCCGUCCUCCUGACGGUGCUGCCUUUGGGCGAAGAGGAGGCCCCGUCAGACAUGUGAGCCGCUGGAGCUGCAGACCUCCUGGAUGUUCUGACAGGCAAGCACAGUCUGUGAGAACGCCGUACAGACGGCCGCUAAUUGGAGGGGCAUCGUUAGGGGGGUCACAUGACCAUACACCAGAUUGGGUCUACCAGAGGAGACCACACUUGAACUGUUUGAAGAAAAUUACAAAUAUCAAACAAUAUAUGGCAAUCUACUACUCUCUGUACACUAGGGCCCCGCCCCCACCCACCUAGACAAGGAGACCGUAUGACUGACAAAAGGGCUCACUUCGUUCAUGCCGUUGUUUUAUGGAACAAACAGGCCAGCUGAAAGCAGAGCACGGCGAUAUUGAUCAUCUGCUUCCUUUUCAUUGGUGAUUGAUUGGUCAAUUGGUCCGGUUCUCUUCUCAUUCCGUGUGGAAGUGGUACGUUUUUGGCUUCUUUUCCUUCUUCCACACUCUGUUUCAAACACUACGUUUAGAAUAAGUCACUUGGAAGGGCUAACUUGUUAGCGUGCUAACUUGCUCUGCUAGCGACUGCUGUCUUUGUCCCUGCACUGAUCCUGUAGCCUUCACAGGGUGAUGUUUAGGUGACUAUAGGGGUGUUAUUUCAUGUCUACGGGGCUCUAGUGGUAAAACCUGUGUUUUUAAAGUCACACACAGGUUUUUUUUAUGUGAACAGGAGAAGACUUGAAGAGUGAGUUGAAGUUAAAUGACCAUGUCUGGACUAGAUGAUAAGAAUAGAGAUAUUCUUAUAGCAGCAGUAGUCCAGAUGAAGGCUUACUCCUGUGAGCUGUCUCUGUCCAAGGAGGCGCUUCCUUUCUUCUUCUCGUGGUUGGCCUGCCUCAAUCUGCUGCUGCCUGCACUUUCCUGCUCACUGGAUAGACGCACUGUGGAACACACGGAACACACACACGUUUCCAUCCAACCUCGGAACAAACUACAGAAAUACCUUUCCUACCUGGUUGUACGUCAAGUUCCUGGGAGGAAGGACUGCUCUCUCUACUCCAGCUGCCGCUUGUCCCUGCCUUCACGUAGAGGUGAGCGUGAAGAUCAGCCUG